GUUCAGCCCCGCUUGCCUGUGUGUGGCAACCGGGCUAAACUGGACAACUGAGGGGGAAACGCGAGAUGGUGGAGCGCACCAUGUUACGCUUUUAAAGAAUCUCCUUUUUUCCCCCCCUUUUUCUUUUUUUUUUUUUUUUUCCCUCAACACGGAAGGAUCUGUUUCGGAGUCGUAUUUUCGCCGCUCUUUCAGGGAUUACGGCGGCCAAAUUCCUGGGAGGUUCGCGGCGGAGGCUUGACGAGGAGAAAAGUAGUUUUGUUGGAGCUCCGACCGCAUCGCCCGCCGUCUUCUUUUUGCCCGCUGCUCCCCCCCCCAAUGUGGCCGGGUGCGCUCCGGAGACAGGAUGCUCCGCCACGCCGUCGUCGGGACGGAUUAAACGAGUGGAUUGUAGCCCUUUCUCUUCCUCGGUGACGGCAACUACACCGACAACAAGCUCCUCGCCUCGGCCGCCUGCUCUUUUCAACCAUUUGGCCAAAGGACCUGCAGAAAUAAACAAAGGGUGGAUUUCAAGAUGUAUCCGCAAGGCCGACAUCCGGCUCCUCAUCAGCCCGGCCAGCCCGGCUUCAAAUUCACCGUAGCGGAGUCGUGUGACCGAAUUAAAGAUGAAUUCCAGUUCCUCCAAGCCCAGUAUCACAGUCUUAAGGUGGAGUACGACAAACUGGCCAAUGAGAAGACGGAGAUGCAGCGCCACUAUGUCAUGUACUACGAGAUGUCUUAUGGACUCAACAUUGAGAUGCACAAACAGACGGAGAUUGCCAAGCGGCUCAACGCCAUUUUAGCGCAAAUUAUGCCUUUCCUGUCACAAGAGCACCAACAGCAGGUUGCUCAGGCAGUGGAGCGGGCAAAGCAGGUCACUAUGACUGAGCUGAAUGCCAUCAUCGGGGUACGUGGACUUCCCAAUCUGCCUCUCACCCAGCAGCAGCUCCAGGCGCAGCACCUCUCGCACGCCGCCCACGGGCCCCCGGUCCAGUUGCCCCCGCAUCCCUCCGGCCUGCAAGCUCCCGGCAUCCCGGCCGUUACGGGCUCGGGUUCGGGCCUGCUCGCGCUGGGAGCCCUGGGCGGCCAAGCCCACCUUCCGGUGAAGGAUGAGAAGAACCACCAUGAUCUGGAACACAGAGAGAGCACGGUGAGUGGGAAAAAUAACUCAAUAUCGCCAUCCGAAAGCUUACGCACGGCCAGCGAGAAGCACCGCAGCUCCUCCGACUACAGUUUGGACUCCAAGAAGCGCAAAGUGGAGGAGAAGGAUAGCAUGAGCAGAUAUGACAGCGAUGGAGAAAAAAGUGACGACCUGGUGGUCGACGUUUCCAAUGAGGAUCCCGCCACGCCUCGGGCCAGCCCAGCGCACUCGCCGCCCGAGAAUGGUAUCGAUAAGCCCCGCCCCCCCAAGAAGGACACACCCAACAGCCCCGCAUCAAUUGCGUCCUCUGGAAGCACGCCGUCGUCCAAGGCCAAGGAGCUCAGUCAUAAUGACAAAUCCUCCACGCCUGGCCUCAAGUCCAACACCCCCACCCCGCGCAAUGAAGCCCCCACCCCUGGCACCAGCUCCACUCCUGGGCUCAGACCCAUCCUGGGCAAACCACCAGGCAUGGAGGCUCUCGCGGCGCCGGCCUUGCGUACGCCGCUGUCCAUCGCGGGCUCCUACCCGACGCCCUUUGCCAUGAUGGGUCAUCACGAAAUGAACGGAGGCCUGACGAGUCCCGGCGUCUAUGCCGGUCUGCACAUUUCCCCUCAGAUGAGCGCCGCGGCCGCCGCGGCUUACGGACGCUCCCCCAUGGGCUUUGAUCCUCACACCCACAUGCGAGCCCCAGGACUUCCAUCGAGCCUCACGUCCAUCUCGGGAGGCAAGCCCGCUUAUUCCUUCCACGUGAGCGCCGAUGGCCAGAUGCAGCCCGUGCCUUUCCCGCCCGACGCUCUGAUCGGGCCUGGGAUCCCGCGCCACGCCCGUCAGAUCAACACGCUGAGUCACGGCGAGGUGGUGUGCGCCGUCACCAUUAGCAACCCCACGCGCCACGUCUACACGGGCGGCAAAGGCUGCGUGAAGAUCUGGGACAUCAGCCAACCGGGCAGCAAGAGUCCCGUGUCCCAACUGGACUGUCUGAACAGGGAUAACUACAUCCGCUCGUGUAAGCUGCUGCCCGAUGGGCGCACAUUGAUCGUGGGAGGCGAGGCCAGCACGCUGACCAUCUGGGAUCUGGCCUCUCAGACGCCACGCAUCAAAGCUGAGCUCACCUCCUCCGCGCCGGCGUGCUACGCCUUGGCCAUCAGCCCCGACGCCAAAGUCUGCUUCUCCUGCUGCAGCGACGGAAACAUCGCCGUGUGGGAUCUCCACAAUCAGACGCUCGUCAGGCAGUUCCAAGGUCACACAGACGGCGCGAGCUGCAUCGACAUCUCCCACGACGGCACCAAACUGUGGACGGGCGGCCUGGACAACACGGUGCGCUCGUGGGAUCUGAGGGAGGGUCGCCAGCUGCAGCAGCACGACUUCACCUCGCAGAUCUUCUCGCUGGGCUACUGCCCGACGGGCGAGUGGCUGGCCGUGGGCAUGGAAAGCAGCAACGUGGAAGUGCUGCACCACUCCAAACCAGACAAGUAUCAGCUGCACCUGCACGAGAGCUGCGUGCUCUCCCUCAAGUUUGCCUACUGUGGGAAAUGGUUUGUUAGCACCGGGAAGGACAACCUGCUGAACGCUUGGAGGACUCCCUACGGCGCCAGCAUAUUCCAGUCCAAGGAAUCCUCGUCCGUCCUGAGCUGCGACAUCUCCACGGAUGACAAGUACAUUGUGACGGGCUCUGGUGACAAGAAGGCCACGGUGUACGAGGUGAUCUACUGAAAACUUUGUCGGCCAGCACGCUCGCACUGAGGACGGACGGACGGACGGACGGCUGCGCUUCUCCUCCGUGGACUUCUCACAGACAGCAUGGAUGUUGCCUGCAGCCCCCUCAUGGAGGUUUGGCAGUGCCAGACUGAGGUGGAGGGGUUUUUUUUUUGGCCCCCGGCCGGAUGUUGUGACCUUCGGCUCUGCACUUCCUCACUCAUCCACUUGUACAGCGAGAGCAGUCCCCAAAAGCACUAAGAAGAAAAUGUUUUGCAGUUUUUUUUUGGUUUUUUUUGCUUUGUUUCUCGGAUAUUUCUUCUUUUUAUUUGAAUGUGGAAAUAACGUUCCAUGACACAACUAGAAGCGGUGCUUCGCUCUGGAGUUUCUCAUCGGAGGUCCUGUGAAAAGUGUACAUAAUGGAGUUUAAAGAAAAAAAAGAAAAGGAAAAAAAAAAACAGAAGGCCUUUUUAUAGAUUUAUAUUUUGGUGUCCAAUUACGCUUGUGAUGGUUCUUUCUUGUUCUCUGUGAUUUUCUGUCCCCUCUGGGAAUGAAAAUUAGAUUAGGACUUUGUAAGAGGAUCUUCUAUUUCCUUUCCUCCCCCUCACAAUGGUUAUUAUGCUGGAUGCCCUUUACAAAAAUCUAAUUUUGAUUUUUUUUUUCCCCCCUCUCCCUGAAAAACAAGCCACUGGAAUUCGCUUUAACACGGUCAAGCGGUGGAUUUUAGCAGUGGAUGAUUUGAAAAAUCUUUUUGUCAGACUGGGAGGAGCGAGGGAGCGAGCGACUCUGUGCUACUUGUGCUUCUACUCUGGAAGGAAAAAGCAAGUUGCCUCACUGUGGCCGCUUUCAAGAACAUUCAAAUGGAUUAGGAGCUACUGAUUUGCAGCCCGCCCGUUGAUGUGGCGCUUCACUGCCUCAUCAGUUUCUCGCUGGUGUUUGUGACUGAAAUGCAAGUUGGCAAGUUAACAUCAUCAUCAGCACAUCUUGCCUAUGCUCUUUGCUUUCCUCGCAUUUGCGUGAACCACCACAACCUGCUCGUAGAGGAGAAUUGUCACUUGGCGUCAUGAGGAUUGUACAGUUGGCAGUUGUUGAUGAGUCAAUAAACUGUUUUUCUAUAAAAAAAGAAAAAAGAAUCAUGGCACUGCUGGUGUGAGAAUUGAGUAUACUAUUGAGUAGAACUUUUCGCUUUUGAAUAAUUUGGCGUCAAUGUCUCAAUGAAUUCAGGUUAGGAACUUUUCUCUCUAGCAGGUAGGGAACAUUUCAAGCAAAUUAUGCUAGCUGGAAAUCAUACUUGGGAGAUGUCUUUGUCUAUGUCUGAACCGAUUCUAAAGAUUCACUAAGAACUGGAAUGCACAUCAUUAGUACAAAACUGCAGACGACCGCGUGUAUCAACCUCCAAAUAUCCGACUGGAUAAUGACACGGGCUCUUGCUCGGUAAGAACUUGGUUCGAUUCCCGGUGUGAGCCUAUUCAUCAUGUGCAAUUAUCCCUUUAUUUAUUUUUUUAUUUUAUUUUGUUACCUCGUGUAGUGUACCUAUUGAAGUGUCCAUGAGGUGUACCUACACAUAUUGUCAUAUAAAGAGUUAACCAAUUGUUUACAUAGUUGACGCCAGGAGGGAGACGCAACACAUUCAAUGACUGAUCCGUUGAUGCACGGGGGGGAGGGAAGGAAGGCGGGUCACUCGUUGUCUCGUUCGCAAACGGGAAAGUCAGCAUUCGUUUCCUUACUGAUCCGUUCUUGCGAUGAACUGGAAAUGCAAAUCACUCACUCACUGAGCCGUUCACUCACAGAUCCGUUCAAUUAGUGAACAGGAAAUGCAAUUCACGACUCGUUCGUAAACGGGAAGUGACGUCAUUUUCUUCUUCGUUUUGAUUUACGGCGUGAUGGCUUCAGCUUCAAUGUGUAUUACCGACACCUACUGGUUGAAGUCACAUGAACUGAAAAAAGAACGAAUCACUUUAGGAAGUGAUUUGUUCACUAACCCUAACCCUAGUUAUUAUAUUCGCCAAUCAAAACAUAAAAAACAUUUGGUCAACUGCUUUAUAUGACAAUAUGUAUGUGUAUACAUAUAUAUACAUACAUAUAUAUAUAUACACACAUACACACAUACACACAUACACACAUACACACAUACACACAUACA